AUGGGAAUGAAAAAUCCAAUGAUAUUUAUUAUCUUUUUCAUGCUUUUCUCUCUGUCUUCUUUUUCUCCUUUCUCUUUAGCCAAACCAUUAGAAAACAACAACAAUAAGAAACCUUAUUACAAGCCAUGCAAAACCCUAAUGCUCUACUUCCACGACAUCGUCUACAACGGUCAAAACGCCGCCAACGCCACGUCGGCCAUAGUGGCGGCGCCUCAAGGAGCCAACUUGACCAUCCUGGCCAGCCAGUUCCACUUCGGAAACGUCAUCGUUUUCGAUGACCCCAUAACCCUCGACAACAAUUUCCGGUCCGAGCCGAUGGGUAGGGCUCAAGGGUUCUACAUCUACAACACCAAGAACACCUACACGGCCUGGCUGGGCUUCACCUUCGUCCUCAACAACACCGAAGUGGGUCGGGGCACCAUCGGCUUUGCCGGAGCCGACCCUUUCUUGGUCAAGUCUAGGGACAUCUCGGUCGUCGGUGGCACCGGAGAUUUCUUCAUGCACUGUGGGAUUGCCACUAUCACCACUGAUUCUUUUGAGGGUGAAGUUUACUUUUGUCUUAGGGUUGAUAUCAAGUUCUACGAGUGUUGGUGA